GAACAAAGUUAGAAAUAAAACAACUUCAUAUCGUAUCCUGCAUUUGUGUUUUGUUAUGGAAUAUGUUUUUAUAGACUUUUUCUGACACAAACAUCUGAUGUUGCUAGUCGUCCUGAUCUGUUAUCGACUUGUGAGGCUGUUUGUAGUUUUUAAUGUCUCCUGCCAGGUUUCGCUUUUGAACGAGGAAGUACCCUAGCGUUACUUGGAUUGUACAGCACUAUCUUAAGGAUGGCCACCGCGCCACAGUCACUUCAUAUGAGAUCGACUGAUCUCAUCAAAAAAGAGGCCCUGGACUACGGAGGAUUUGGAGAAGUUUACCUGUGCUACCAUGUAACCCUCGGUCAAGUGGUGUUGAAGACCAUGUAUACAGGCCCUAUUCGCACUGAGGAGAAUAAAAAGUCACUGCUGGAGGAGGGAAACAUCAUGGCAAGCCUGAACCAUGAACGGGUGGUCAAGUUGCUGGGUGUGAUCAUGGAAGAUAGAGACUGCUCACUAGUUAUGGAACUCCUCCCCAGAGGCAACCUGUCGGUCAUGCUAGAGACGGUCCCUGUGCCAAUAUCCAUCAAGGGCAGAAUCAUCUUAGAGAUUAUGGAAGGGAUGGUGUAUCUCACAGAGAAAAAUGUCAUACACAAGGACAUCAAGCCAGAAAACAUUUUAGUGGACAAGGAUUUUCACAUCAAGAUUGCAGACCUUGGCCUGGCAACCUGUCAGACAUGGAGCAAACUCACAAAGGAGGAGUCUCGCAGGAAGAGUUGUUUAGGUCGAUCAGCAGGGGUGAGAGGUGCCGGCACACUGAGCUACAUGGCCCCUGAGCACCUGGAGAGUAUACAUACACCCUCUACUGAGAAAUCUGACGUCUACAGCUUUGCGAUUGUGGUUUGGGUCAUCCUCACAAGGAAAGAGCCAUAUGCAAGUAAACGUAAUGCAGACAACCAUAUGUCAUUUCUCUGUCCAGAUGCAAGAAGUGAAGAACAAAUCAGCCAGUGUGUCCGAAACGGCGACCGACCUGCAGAGAACCUUAUUCCAGACAACACGCCUGUAGAGAUAAUUCAGCUCAUGAAGAGAUGCUGGGAUCACAAACCGCUGCAACGGCCAACAUUUAAAGAGGGCUACGACUUCUUCUUUCCUAUUUACAUGGUAACGCUUGAACCACACAUAGAGGAAGAUUUACUUGAUCUGAGGAAAUUAUAUGAAGGCCCAGAUGACCUUGUCGAGAAGAUUAAAUCUUUAUCACUCUCCCAGGAUUUUUUUUCGGCAGAUUGCCCAGCUCCUUUGGUGAGUUCAGACAGAAGUGUACCUGUGCCAGUUGAAGCCAGUAUUGAGGACAUGCAUGACAUCCAAUAUGAGCCACCUCUGGAGUCUGUUCAGACAGACGCCAAGGCAGCCAGGCCCCCUUCAGCUUUGGAGGAGAAACUGGGUCGGGAGCUUCAGUACCACAAACAUGGUAGCUAUAACUGUGAGCCUGAAGUUGCCAACUUCUACCAUCCCAUCAACUUAAAUCCUUUCCUGCAUAACCACUUCAGCCCUUCAGAUCACGCUAUCAGGCAACCAGAACAAGACAGACCCUCUAAUGCAUCCUCUGUCCAUUCCUGGACAAAAGCUGAACCGGUGCAGCCCACCAGCCAGGAAGAGGCUUGGUGUCGCCCUACUGCUGGUCUCUAUGACUCCAUGAACUCUUCCACACCUAGUCCAUCCCACUUGCCAAUGUCUUCCAGCAGCCCUUCUCUAUCACAAUUUAACCAGCAACAUCCCCAUUCCCACUAUGACCGCCAGCAGUCCUGGCCAGCUUACCCAGUGUCUGAUACAUCUGCUCCUGAUAUCAGUCCUGGGCGUCUCCUGACCUCUUCCAAGAACUGCUUAAAGCAAGAUCCAGGAUCUCUUUACAUUCAAAAUGCCAGCGGGAUCCAGAUUGGGAACAGCAACAUGAUGAGUAUCAGAAGUUACGAUUCCUCCAACAGUUCUCUACUUUCUAACGCCUUAGCUAACUCUCCCAUCGAAGAAGGCAUUCUGAAAUAUGAGGAUCAUGCUGUGACCGAGGAGCACCUUGAUCUGCUGAGUGACAACAUCGGAGGCAAAUGGAAGCGUUGUGCGCGGCGACUAGGUCUGACCAGUGUGGAAAUAGAGACCAUUGAGCACGACUGUUUCCGGGAUGGCCUUCCAGAGAUGGUGCACCAGAUGCUGGAUCGUUGGAAAAUGAAGGAGGGAAGUAUUGGCUGCACAAUUGGGAAGCUUUGUCGUGCUCUGAAAGGCAACAUAAAGGUAGAUGUCAUCCAGAAAAUAUUGGACGCCUGCAGUUCUUCAUCUCAGAUCUGAUAAACGUUCUACCUCAUUCCCUCUAAGUGACUUUCUGCCUAUGAUGGGGGAAAAAAUACUGUUUGCAGCAUUUAAAGGUUCCCUUUUAACCAAAAAGCAUAUUCAUUUUGGUUUUAUUUGCGACGGGUUUGAAAUAUAGUCUUUGUCGGUGCCGAAUACGAUUGAAGGUAGAAUGUUGUUUGUGUUGCUCAAAGCUUUGAAAAUGAGAUAUGGAAGAAACCUCAACAGCUCAACCCAAUUGUAUCUUUCCAGGAAAUGUAUCUUUGUUACUCAUAAGAACCACAGAGCUCACUGACUGACUUUUUCUACCAAACAUCUUAUGAGCAGUAGAGACGAACACGGUCAGGGUUCAGGUUUUUCUAAUCUAGAAGUUCAAAAUCAUUGUUUAUUUUUUUUAUUUACUAUAAAGUAAUAAUGACCUAAAUGAUUGGUCUUUCUUAUUCAUGUGUCAGAUGAUAUAUUGUAGUUGGAAGUCAAAGCAAGAAGUGUUACAAAAGUAAUAUUCUUAAUACAAACUUUGUCAAGUAUGUUUUUCAGAAAUAGUUCUCAGCAUGAUUGUGGGAUGGGAAAGCCAUUGAGUUUGUGCACGGUUGCUGUAGCUUUAACUGAAUAAUGAAUUUCUUUAAACUGAUGAUCUGCUGUACUGUAUCAAGUGUUUUGGAAUACAAGAUAGGUUUCUCACCAUUUAAACGUCUUGGAUGUGUUCAUGUCUUGUUUCAUUACAAAAUUAAUUGUCACUUUCUGUACUGGGUCUCAGUCGCGAUGUAGUUUUCACUACACAAAAGACUCAAAAAACACAAAAAACUACAUCACCCUGUUCUCUUCCAAACCUGGAUCUAAAUUUAUUUUAAAGCCAUUUUGAUUUUUUUGAAUAAACUGUGUGUACAUAAGUCUAAAAUUUCAAAAUAAGUGUAUUUCAUGUAUUUCAUAAAUUGCACUUCACACCUUGAGCUAAAAUUGUUUCUAGUUUAGUGUUUCAUUGGUUAUCUCCUGCAACUAGUUGGAUAUCAAUAUAAUAAAAAGAUAUACACGGCUGAGAUUAGACACCAACUAUAUCCAGAAUAUAGCUGUAUCCCAAUUCCAGACUACAUCCUAAAUCUAAGAUAGUGUUGAGAAUGAAGUAAAAAAAAAAAAAAAAAAAAAAGACAAAAUAUAAUAUACCCAUAAGUGUUUGACUUUUGACUUUGCUCUUGAUGGACACUAUUCCCCCACAAUGCAACACACAAAGAAAUGGAAAGGUUCACACAGCUGGAGAGAAAACUAACAUCAUGUGAACACUCCAGAAAACAUUAACCAAAUAUACCUGUACACAAUGAUAACAUUAAAUCCCCAAAUUAGACUCUAGGCAGCUCUGCAUAUACUAACUAAGACGAUACUCUGAAAACAGGCAAUUUCUUACAUGGCAGUAUAUUGUAUAAUGUGGAUAUUUGUUCCUGAGCAUUAGAGUUUAAACAGCUGUUGUGUUUGUCUAGAUUAUCCGCUUUUACUCCUCUGAACACACCUGACAGGGAGACUGAUUUUCCCUUUUGUCAUUGAAAAGACUGUUAAACCCACAUGUAUUGGUUUACAGAUGUGAUGAUAGUAUGCCUUUGCAAAUCAAACAGCCACUGAUGUUCCAUUUCACCUGGUGACUUUAAUAAUCUCUUCACUAAACACAAGAAUAUUAAUCCUUCCAUGCCAUGAUAAGGUCUUGGGAUACAAAUGUGAACAGGCUUUCUAGUUUCUUAACGGUAAUUACAUCUAUUGUCUAUCAGAUUCAGGGAUGCUGUUAAAAUGGCACCCUGUUGAUUGAUAGAUAAAAUUGAUUUAAGUACCUUUAUUAUAAUCAUGCCUUGCAACUAAGAAAUUUGUAAAACCACAGUAGUCUAAUUAAAAUAGAUGAAAUAGCAGUAGGCAUAUUGGAUAAGCAGAUAUGAGGGUAACAAUUCUGUGACUGGUAGAGAACCUGAAACAGUAGUUGGAGUUGUCAAUGAUUUGGUCCUGAUUAAUUGCCUUAAUCCAAUUCCAGUCAUGUUUACUGGACACAAUGGAUUUACACACAACAAUUACAGACAACAUGAACUUAAUAGUCUUUCUCCACUAAACAAUGUAUCUACAGCUGCA